CAGCACUCAAGUCACUCCACCUUUUUUUCUAAAAUAUUUUGGAAAAACAGUAGUAUUGCAAUUAAAAUUUAUCUUACUCAUUAUUUGUAUUUUAAUUACUGAUGAUAAUUUAUGGAAUCUAAACAUGGAAGAUCAAGAAGAUAAACCAAAGUGGUUGGUAGAGUUGGAAAACAGAAAGAGAAAGCCAAAAUUAGCUCAUGAAGCUGGUGCUGGUGCACCUUGUUUGAACUGUGAGUCAGCUUGUCCUGGAUUAGAUUUGCAUUUCUGGAGAAAAAUUUGUAAAAACUGCAAAUGUAGAGGUGACAAUCAUGAUGUCGAUGAUGAAGAUUUUCCUCAAUUCGAAUUGCUUUUUGGACCAGGUCUUAAAAGAAAAAGCAAUCGCUCUGUUGUGCUUAAAGUAAAUAAUAAGAAGCAAGUUAAACAAGAAACUCCAUUCGAAUGGGUUCCACCUGACAUAACAAAAGAAUUGGCAGAAGAUUAUAUGAAUGCAUUACCAUCUAAUAAAUUACCUAUUAAAGGAUCUACAGGUGCAGCUUUAAGAAGACAACAACUCCAAAAACAAUUGCCAUUACAUGAUAUCGAUUACAAAGCCUGUGAUAAUCUUAGUGAACAAGAAAAACAGGAGUUUAAUAAGUACUUGGAUAAUCUUAAAAAAUCAGCUGGCCAAGGAAAAGUUUCCAAAUUAACCACUAUAAAACCAUUUGAUAAAUCCUUCAUGACUCCAGUAAAUGCAACUGAUGUUCAACAGUUCAGUCCACAGCAUAGUCAAAGUUUAAUGAACCCAAAUGCAAAGUUGAAUUUACGUACUCCAAGUAGUUUCAUUCCUAAAAAUCUUCAAGUGCCUUUAAUAUCUAAUUUACCUAAUUUUCAUGGUAAUGUUGGUCCGAUAAUUAGUUCAACACCUUGUACAAAGGAUGUAAUACAAGUACAAAGUUUGCAAGCUCAAAGUGAACCCUAUUUUAAACAACCUGAAUAUGAAAGUGCCCUGAAAAAUAGUAACCAGCCAAAUGAAACUUGUUCUGCACCACAAAAUAACAAUGAAUUACAAUUCAAUAGUUCUAUUAAAAAAAGUAAUAAGAAUUGGGAAAGCAAUCCGAUAUGUCAUGGGAUUGAACAUGUACAACAUUCUAGUAUUAUUGCAAGUGAAGAGUAUCCACAGACUAGCCAACCUUAUCAGUCAGUACAUUUAAAUAAUAAAAAUCCUAAUAUGAGAACUGAUAUCAUACAAAAUUUAGAACUUUUAAAAGGUAAAUCUAUUAGUGCUGGAAUAUUACAGCAAACAGUAUCAUCUAAAGAUCUUUUAUUGCCAAGUAGUAUGAGAGCAAAUAAAAUUAAAGGUGGAAAUUCUAAUGAAACAAGAUUUUUGGAUUCCCAUAAUGAAGUUGGCAAUCAAAGCAGCAAUAAAGAUGAUUGUGCAGCAGGUUUUGUCUCUAGUAAUAUUGAAUCUAUAAGACAUUAUCCAUUAAUUUUUAAUUCUUUGGAAAUAGCUAAUAAUCCUGAAAUUUCUAAAAGUUUUGGAAACAAAACAAAAUAUCCUAAUCAUGAAUAUCAAGUGCCUUCCAAUCCACCAACAAGUCCAACAAAACAUUUAAAUGCAGAAUUAAAUACCUCUUUGCCUAUACAAUCAAAUGUUAUUCACUCAGAAUUAUUAAAUAAUCCAAUAUUCCCAGAAAAUAGCGUUAAUGCUUUAAUUGUACAUCAAAAUUUAGACAAUAUAAGUCAGUUACAAAAUGAGAUGGAGGGUUUGACAAUGAAUGCAAAUAAAAUAUACCAGUGCCAUAAUUGCCAAGAAAAUAUACACUGUGGUGAUGUAGUUGUUACUGCUGAAAAGAUUAAAGAGGCAGCCUGGCAUCCAGGGUGUUUUGUAUGUUCUGCAUGCAACGAACUGCUUGUAGAUUUAGUUUACUUUAGCCAUAAGGAUAAAUUAUAUUGUGCAAGAGAUUUUGCAGAAUAUUUGGAUAUUCCACGAUGCUUUGCCUGUGACGAGCUUAUUUUUGUACGUGAAUAUACGGUUGCUGAGGGGCACAAUUAUCAUGUGAAACAUUUUUGUUGUUGGGACUGCGACAUUCCCUUAGCUGAACGGCAGUAUCUUACGGAAAAUGAUAGACCAGUUUGUCUUUCUUGUUAUCAAAAUAAUUAUGCUCAGACUUGUAAUGCCUGUAAUAAUGUCAUUGCUGCUGAUCAACAAGGAGUUACUGUAAAAGACCUACACUUUCAUGUAACAGAAAAUUGCUUCUGUUGCACUACAUGUAAGAAAAGUCUUCUUGGAGGUAAAAUAUCUGUCAAAGAAAAUAAACUCCUUUGUAGCAAAGAGUGCAUUGCAGAAUUUUUGCAUCGAAAAGCCUUUGGAAGAUAAAAUGAAUGAUUGAUAAUGUAUAUUUUUAAACAUUUAUACUUGAUAAUUUUAUAAUAAAGAGUCAAAUCAUAAAAAAUUUUUUUUUAUUAAAUACAAUAGUCAUUUAACAAAAUUUAAUAUUAAUAUGUACAAUGGUUUACAAUAUAACUUUAAUUUACCUUGCAGACAGUAUCAAGA